UAAGUGAAUUUUUAAAAUAGAAAAUUAAAAAAAAAAAAAAAAAUAUUAAAAUGAAUUUUAAAUUUUUAUUAAUUUCAUUUGGAUUAUUGUUAGUAUUACAAAUUACUUAUGGUAAAAAAUUCGAUGAAUGUUCAUUAGCAAAGGAAUUGUAUCGUUUGGGUGUACCAAAAUCACAAUUAUCUGAUUGGAUAUGUUUGGCAAAAUAUGAAUCACAAUUUGAAACAUCAACAGUUGGUAAAAAAAAUAGUAAUGGUACACGUGAUUGGGGUAUUUUUCAAAUAAAUGAUCGUUGGUGGUGUAAAAAUUCGAAUGGUGAUCGUUCAUAUAAUCAAUGUAAAUUAUCAUGUGAUGAAUUAUUAACUGAUGAUAUUACAAAAGCAGUUAAAUGUGCAAAAUUAAUUAAAAAACAACAAGGAUUUAAAGCAUGGGUUGCAUGGAAUAGACGUUGUCAAGGCUCUAAACCAAAUAUAAGUAAAUGUUUUUAAAUGUGCAGAAAGAAAACCUCAAUAAUUCAAUUUGAGGUUAGAAUCUACCAAACUAUACUAAUGAUGUUCCGAUUAUGAAUUACUUUAUACCAAAAAAAAAAAUUUUUUUUUUAGAUUUUUAAGUUAAAAUUUAAGUUUUAUUGCAUUUUUUUUAUUGUUUUUUUUUUAAAUCAAGCCAGAAACUUUUAUAUUGUUUUUUUUUUUUACUUGUAAUAUUAGAAAAUAAGUUUAAAGUGUUACCGUAUGUCUAUAUAAACUUUAUAUAAUAACGAAAAAAAAAUGAAAGAAAAUUUGUAUUAAUUAAAAUUAUUUUGUGUUUCUCAUCCUUCAAUAUCUCGGA